UCUAAAAGCCCCAACACUCGUUUGCAAUUAGAAUCCCUCCGUUCUUCUUUCUCUUCUUCUGCUUCCUCGGCGCCUCUUGGGACGGAUGGUUACGAGGUUUUCCUGAGCUUCAGAGGCCCAGACACUCGCAAUAACUUCGCGGACUUUCUAUACAACUCCCUGGUUCGCUCCAAGAUUCGCACCUUCAGAGACGAUGAAGAGGUUCGGAAAGGGGAGAAGAUCGGGGCUGAGAUCAUCCAGGCUAUUAAUCAAUCCAAGGUUUACAUCCCGAUUUUCUCCCCCAAUUAUGCUUCUAGCAAGUGGUGCCUCCAAGAGCUGGCUCAAAUGGUGGAAUGCUUCAAGGGAGAGAAGGGGCAUGCCAUCCUGCCCAUUUUCUAUUUUGUGCAACCCUCACAGGUGCGGCAUAAUGAGGAAGGCUCCUACCACAUUGCACUGGAGCAGCACUUGGAGAAAUAUGACAGCAACACCGUACAAGAAUGGAGGACAGCUCUCCAAGAGGUUGCAUCAAUGAAGGGAUGGCAUGUUACUGACUCUGAUAGGCAAGCAACUGUGGUAGAUGAGGUUUUUGAGAAAGUUAUGUCCCAUCUGAACAAGAAUCACACCUUAGUUACUGAUGAGUUGGUUGGGAUGGACCAUCAUUUGGAAGCAGUGAUAGGGUUGUUGAAUUUGGGCUCUCACGGUCCGAAAGUCGUUGGUGUACACGGUAUGGGUGGGAUUGGCAAGACAACCAUAGCCACUGCUGUUUAUAACAAAAUCUAUGAACAGUUUGAUGAAUGUUGCUUUUUAGAAGACCUGCGAGAAACAUUAGAACAAAAGGAAGGUAUUGUUGAUCUGCAAACUAAGCUCAUCUCUCGAGUUUUGAAAUUUGAAACUCCCAUUGAUAAUGCUAGUGAAGGAAUUCACAUGAUAAAAGACAGAGUUUGUUGCUACAAACUCCUCAUUGUUUUGGAUGAUGUCGAUGAUAAGUUUGAAUUUGACAAAAUAGUGGGACCUUUGGAGAAUUUUUCUCCAGAAAGUAGGUUUAUCAUUACAACUAGAAACCAAAAAGUUUUGAGUAUGUUUGAAGAAUAUAAGCUUUACCAACCUGGAGAAAUGAGCUUUCACCAUUCUCUUCAGUUGUUUAGCAAGCAUGCCUUCAGAAGGGAUUCUCCUCCUGAAGCUUAUAUGGGUCUAUGUAGAGACUUGGUAUCCACGGCAUCAGGACUUCCUUUGACUCUUAAGGUUGUAGGUGCCAGUUUGUUUGCUGAAGAUGAAGCAGUUUGGGAAGACACAUUGAUACAGUUGCAAGAACUGCCACCAACACAGGUUCAAGAGAGGCUGAAAGUCAGUUUCAGAGCAUUGACUUAUGAGGAGCAGCAGAUCUUUCUUGAUAUUGCGUGCUUCUCCAUUGAAAAGGACAAGGACUUGGAUAUGGCUGCCUGUAUGUGGACUGAGUGCGGAUUUCAUCCAUUUCGUUCGCUCAUGGCCCUCAUUCUUAGGUCCUUGAUAAAAUUUGGGCGCAACAAUGAGUUAGAAAUGCAUGAUCAGCUCAGAGACCUUGGGAAGACAAUUGUACGUGAGGAAAAUAUUGAACAUCCAUGGAACCGCAGCAGGAUAUGGUCAAACAAGGCUGCCUUGGAUAUUUUCAACUGCAAAGAGGGAACAGAACAAGUGAAAGCCCUCAAAGUUAACACAUUUUCGAAAUUUCAGCUCACGAGUGAGCACUUCAAGAGAUUGUCAGGGUUAAGAUAUCUUGAAGCGUAUCAAGCAGAAUUGACUGGUGACUUCAGUGAACUUCUGCCAGCUUUAAGAUGGCUACGCUUGUAUUAUCAUCAAGGGGAUUCAUCACUGACCAAUUUUCACCUGAAGAAACUAGUAGUGCUUGAUCUCUGUCAAAGCUACAUAACUGAUGAUUGGGGAGGCUGGAAGCAUAUCGAGAUGGCAAGAAACCUGAGGGUUGUCAAUGUCAUUGCUUGCAAUCAUUUAACCAAAGUUCCUGACCUUUCAGCAUGUAUGAGUCUAGAGGUGUUAAAUCUUAGUGGAUGCACUCAAAUAGUGGGGGACCUCGAAAUUGGCAAUUUAAAGAAUCUAAAUGUCCUUAAACUCAAUGGCUGUGGGAUAACAAACUUCAGUCGUGGCAUUGGAAAGCUUCAGAAGCUCAAAAAGAUAGAUGCUUGGCCGUGUCCCAAUUUGGAAGGGAUUCCUGCUGAUAUUAGCAAAUUGAAGUCUCUUAAGACCUUGAUGGUGAAAUCGGGAAAACAAAUUCAGGUACCAGUGCUUCCUACAAGCCUAAAAAGGCUAGCUAUCUCAUCUAUGGUUCCUGAACUGUCAGACUUGGCGGACUUGAAGGAGUUAGAGUUUACAGAUUGCCAGGACGGGUUUGAAAUUCCAGGAGAUGUGUGGAAGUUACCAAAACUGGAGGUUCUGAGGGUUCACUCGUCAAACAGUACCAGUCUCCUGAGAGGGAUGGGUGUCCUUCCGUCAACCUUAAAAGAGCUACAAAUUCUCCAUUGUCCCUUGUUGGAGAAGCUCCCAGAUCUUAGCAAUCUGAAAUUCUUGAGUUCCUUGACACUGUCAUGUACCAGGCUCCGUGAGAUUCCGGGACUUGGCGAGAUGAAACUACUGAAAAUUUUGUAUGUACAGAAUGGUUUAAAUUUGAGACAUCUGAAUGGCCUCGGGAAUCUCCAAUAUUUGACAGACUUGGUCCUGGAAAGGUGUUUGGUAAUGGACGAAUUACCCAACCUAGCUGCUAUGAACAGGAUGCGCAGAUUGUGGAUCUUGCAAUGCCCCCGUAUCCAAAAAGUUCGAGGCCUCAGUGAAGUCAAGUUCUUAGUAAGUCUCAGAAUCCGUGAUUGUGCAUGCCUGCAAAGACUCCCUGAUCUGUCCAAGUUGGCAGGGCUGAAAGAGUUCACACUCGGGGGCUGCCACAGUUUACUGAACAUUGACGGCCCUCUCCCCAUGCAAACACUAGAGUAUCUGCACUUGUUUGACUUCAAGGCAAUAGAAAGGCUACCUUCUCUAUCCGAGUUUAUCAUGUUGAAGCAAUUAGUUGUACAGAUCCAUCCUUGUUUACGUUACAUAGGGGGAAUCUUAGGCCUGAAAUCACUGGAGCUACUACGGCUUCAGCAGUGCGAUUCAUUGACAAGAUUGCCAGAUCUAUCUGGACUUAAGAAUCUCAAGGAAUUAGACUUGGGAAGAUGCAAAAGUUUGACUGAGAUUGGAGGAAUCCAGAGGCUGACAUAUUUGAAAGUGCUGAAUAUGACAGGCUGCCAUUCCAUAGUUAAGCUACCAGACCUUUCAAGUCUUACAAAGUUGGAGAAGCUGUGGCUAAACGGCUGUGGGAAAUUAACACAAGUCACUGGAGUUGAGGAAUUGAAGUCCUUGAAGGUGUUGGAGAUGAACAGCUGCAAGUCAAUUGACAUUUUACCAGAUCUCUCACAACUCACAAAUUUGGCGACUCUUUCAGUGCAAAUUUGUGAAAAAAUAACUGAGCUCCCAGGAAUCGAGGAAUUGGAGUCCCUAACUAUGGUUGAUGCUUCUGGAUGUGGGUUGCUGAAAGACAUACCACAUCUGCAGAACACUAUAUUAGAGGUACUGAGGCUCGCAGGAUGUAGUUCGCUAGAAAUGUUGCCAAAUCUCUCCAGACUCAAGAAUUUGAAGGUAUUAAACAUUAACGGAUGCAUAGAGUUGUCUGAGGUUGUGGGGCUCGAGCAACUGAGGUGCUUAAAGGUGCUGGAGAUGAAUGGCUGCUACUUGAUUAGCAGCUUACCAAAUCUUUCAAAUCUCAAAUGUUUGAAGAAUCUACAUCUAAGGGGUUGUGAAAGAUUGACCGAGAUCCCAGGAAUUGAAGAAUUGGAGUCCCUGACUGUGGUUGAUGCUUCUGGUUGUCUGUUACUGAAAGAGGUACCAAAUCUGCAGAACACUGUAUUAGAGGUAUUGAGGCUCGAAGGAUGCACGUCGCUAGAAAGAAUGCCGAACCUCUCCAGUCUCAAGAAUUUGAAGGUAUUAAACAUUAACGGAUGCAUAGAGCUGUCUGAGGUUGCGGGGCUCGAGCAACUGAGGUGCUUAAAGGUGCUGGAGAUGAAUGGCUGCUACUUGAUUGGCAGCUUACCAAAUCUUUCAAAUCUCAAAUGUUUGAAGAAUCUACAUCUAAGGGGUUGUGAAAGAUUGACCGAGAUCCCAGGAAUUGAAGAAUUGGAGUCCCUGACUGUGGUUGAUGCUUCUGGUUGUUUGUUACUGAAAGAGGUACCAAAUCUGCAGAACACUGUAUUAGAGGUAUUGAGGCUCGAAGGAUGCACGUCGCUAGAAAGAAUGCCGAACCUCUCCAGUCUCAAGAAUUUGAAGGUAUUAAACAUUAACGGAUGCAUAGAGUUGUCUGAGGUUGUGGGGCUCGAGCAACUGAGGUGCUUAAAGGUGCUGGAGAUGAAUGAAUGAAGAAUUGGAUGUGCGCAGAGGAUUCAUCUUUCAACAGCAUUUCCGCCAUUCACCAUCAAAAGGAGGAUCUGACAUUUGCACUAGGAUCUGUCUAUGCGGAGGAUCUGACAUUUGCACUAGGAUCUGUCUAUGCUUGAACUGAUUGGACGAGCAUCAGCUUUUCGGUUGCUACUUGCUUGGCAGCUUACCAAAUCUUUCAAAUCUCAAAUGUUUGAAGAAUCUACAUCUAAGGGGUUGUGAAAGAUUGACCGAGAUCCCAGGAAUUGAAGAAUUGGAGUCCCUGACUGUGGUUGAUGCUUCUGGUUGUCUGUUACUGAAAGAUGUACCAAAUCUACAGAACACUGUAUUAGAGGCAUUGAGGCUCGAAGGAUGCAUGUCGCUAGAAAGAAUGCCGAACCUCUCCAGUCUCAAGAAUUUGAAGGAAUUAUACGUUAAUGGAUGCACGAAGUUGAUUGAGGUUGUGGGGCUCGAGGAACUGAGUUGCUUAAAUGUGCUGGACAUGAGUGGCUGCCACUCGAUCAACAGCUUGCUUAAAUGUGUUGGUCAUGAAUGGCUGCCACUCGAUCAACAGCUUACCAAAUCUUUCAGAUCUCAAAUGAUUGAAGUGCCUACAUCUAAGGGGGUGUAAAAGAUUGACUGAGCUGCUUGGAGUCGAAAAUCUGGAAUCACUAACAUGCUUGGUUGUUUCUGGAUAUGGAUUGAACACAAUAACUUGGCCAAACUUCAUGAAGGAUGUGAAUCUUCCAAGAUCCAACUUCUCUACAAGAAUUAUCGAACCUUUCCAGGCUCCAGAAUCUGAAGCAACUAGGGGUGGUGGAUGCAUGAACUUGACUGUGUACACUAUAGUCGAAGGAGAGGAGUCCUUCCAAGCUAGUUAACUUGCACAGUUGGAUAGCAUUCUACAAGUUACCGACCCUUGUGUAGCCUUAGCUUGAGAGCACUAAUGGUUGAUCAUUCCAGAUUAGACAGAACACAACAGUUCCAAAUGCUUUCAAGUCAGGUAACUAUUAUGGAUGACCAACUAUCCGUGUAUGCCUGAUAAUAACCAUAGGUAUGCCCCUCUUAUUCAUUAACUUAACCUCGCAAUGGACAGAGUCCUCAGGAAGUGAGGAUUAUUUAUAUGUCUAUAAGCUAGAUAGCAGAACCACAUUACUUUAUGCAACCACAUCAACAACCGGGCAUAUGAUCCAUCAAACCAAGCUAGUCGACGAGCUCGUCCUCCUUGUUGGUCUCGAUGACGACAUCGGAAGCAGGGUAUGCCACACAGGGAAGCAGGCUACCACGAACAACUAUACGGGACGAAGAUAAGAUUCCGCCAUCGCCGCAUGCUAAAACAGAGCCUCUGUAUUUUCUCUUUCCAGAAAGCCCAGCGAUGGCGCAUGGAAGAGAGGGCUUUUCCGCGUCAAAAUGAGAGAGAUGGGAAGAUGGCCGAGGAGUCUAUCUACGAGCGCAGCACCUUCAUGCCGCGCGCGCAAGCAAGAUAAGAACAACGCCAUGCCGAAUACAAAAU